CCCUGAAGAUCUCACGAUCUCCAAAUAAUAUUUAAUUUAAAAAAAUGAACUUAGUUCUAGAGGAGGAAGAGACUUGAAAUGUGAUCCGGAGGAGAGAGUGCUACGCUGACGACGCAGGUGGUAAGGUAGAAUGCUAAUUUAUUUUUUAUGGAUGAUACCGAUGGACGAUAUGGAUGAUGGACGAUUUUAUGAAGCGGAAACGAUUUCCUUUACUUUAAAAAUAUAAAGAAUAUAAAAAGUGACAUUCGUAAUUUUUAAGGUUUCAGUUCCGAACUAUUGGCAACAUAGCUUUGCGAACCCAAUGGUAGUUGUGUAAAAACACUGUAUACGUAAUUCACUCAAUUGGGGUGCAGGGAACCGAAUUUAGGGUCUUUGGGCGAUUUCGUUUGUCGAUGUAUUCUUUUUCUCUUUAUUCCUGUUCCAGGUUGAAAUGUUCGGUGCAAUGUUGGUGGGGGCUUGGUUGCUGAUACACCAGCAGUGCUGCGUCACGGGGGAGGCAGAUUCAAGAAACCGAUAUUCCCUGUAUGACCCGUUGACGAGAAGGAGUGCCCUCGAAAAGAAUUUUAUGCGUUUCGGCCGUUCUCUGUGGACCAGCGCCGAUGACUACAAUCAAAGCGAGACGAUGGCGAAAUUCAGCUUCCUGCGAUUCGGAAAGAGCAAAACGGACAGUUUCACCGAGUUGGGCUCGUACGGCCGUGGAAACGAGGAUAUCGGACCGAGGGCGACGAGGUCGGACGACAAUCCCGUCAACGAAAAACACUCCGACGGCCAGCAGUUCGACGAGAUCAAGUUCGAUCUAGACGGAUUUUCGAGAUUCGCAAAGGCCAAAGGGAAUUUCAUCAGGUUUGGAAGGAACGCGGACAAUUUCAUGAGGUUCGGCAGGGCUAGAAACAAUUUCAUCCGUUUGGGUAGAAACACGGAAAACUUCAUUCGAUUCGGACGAAACAGGGACGUCGUCCUCAGUCCGUGGACGGGGAAAAGGCGCAUUCCCUCCAUCUCAGAGGCGAAACGCGGGAAAGAGGAUUUUCAGAGGACCGGGAAAAAUGACAACUUCAUGCGGUUCGGAAGAUACAAAACCGGUGAUUUAGAUCCUUUGCAAGGGCGAGGGGAAGGAAACGAAAACGAACGGCCAAGACGGCGUACGAGGAGCACAAACGAGAACAUCCUCCGUAAAAACCGCGGUAGGGGUUUCGUGGGUUUCGCGAGGCAGAAGGAGAUGGACAAAGGGGGAGGAUUUAUACGAUUUGGCCGUACUGGAAAAGAGGAAGGGAGCAGGUUCGACGACGAGAUACAGUUCGCGAGCAUGGACUGCAAGCAGAAGCACUACAGGCUUUCGAGGGUGGAAAGGGGAGAGAACGACGACGACCACCGUCUCCGUCGGUUGUUUCAAUUUCAAAAGAGCGUCGGGAUGGCGCCAAAUUUCACGGCCCUCCUCCAAAAUCGAAUGGCUCCGACAAUCGGUUCUUUCCCAACAGAUUCUAUGGAGGUGACGCUCAAAAACUUUUUCCACUUCUAUUCAAUCCUUUUGACAAAAUUAAAUGCAAUCGCACUGAAGUAAAGAGUCACUAGUCGGCUAAAUUAUCCAAAUCCAGUUUAUUGACAAACGAACUCAGCUGAUACCAAUUGAUGAUUGAAUUAUUCAACCUACUCAUUAAAGCCAAUCCUUGUGAAUAUUUAUGUUAAUUUAUUAUUAAAAUUCCUACAAGUAUGAUUAGUGUAUUUUUUG